AUGGGAUGGUUUUCGGAAUGGUCAGAUUGUUCAGUGUCUUUCUAUUUUUCGAGUGAGCAAGUGGUCCCGUAUGCAUCUCUUAUCGCCACUCUCCUUUGCUUCAUUGGCGUAAUUCUCUUCUCCAUCAUGAUGACUUGGGGAUUCAACGCAACCGUUGAGCAAACUAGGAGGUCCUUACGAAUUCAGGAUUGGCCGUGGCUUGAUAAGGUUCAAGUGUUCUUCGUCGUUAUCGCUGUUCUGAUGUCGCUGUUUGCUCUAUUUUUCCUUCUUGUCGGCUUCACAGCUACAGGAGCAACACGAGAAGAGAUUUAUAAACGUGAUCAAGCUAGAUUCGGAGGAAGGUGUGCGUGCGCUACUGCUAUGGCUUGGUGUGUGCUCCUGUUGAUCUGCUGGCUAUUCAUAAUUUCAAUAACUUCUGUGAUAUGUUGCUCAUACUUCAUCUUCGAUGACCUUUGUUAUGCUAUGCCAUCUUUCACCGAGAGUGACUGUAUCGAUCUUGGGGUUUUCGUUCCUCUGAUCAGAAGUUUUUCAAGCGCUGAUCUGCGAUUAUGUGGAGGUGAUGCUCAACAAUUUUGUGCAUUGUCAUCCACAGCUCGUUCUUGGUAUAUCAUUGGCUGGAUAGGAACUUGUCUGGUCAUCCUUGGAUUAGCUUUUUUCCUUGCAGUCCUCUCUGCUAAUUAUGCACACGUAGGAAAUGCUAGUAGAUAUGUCGAACUACGGGAUUUAGCCAUGGACACUCCAACUGGCGAAUAUCCGCCUCAGAAACCGGGAGGCGCAUUUUAUCAUCCU